AUGGCCGCAGAGAGUGGCGACGGUUUGCCAAUAUCCCCGUCCGAGAAAUCGCUCACCGGUAGCCUCGCGUCCGAUGAAAACGAAAAAAGUGUCUCACGUUCGCCGUCAAGUUAUUCCAUACGGGAGGACAAAUGGCCCGAUCUCGUCGUGUCCAGACCCAGAAAAUUGGAUGCUUGGUGGUUGCCGAGACGUGAAUCGAUUGAGACCUCGAUAGAGGAAUCGUCUUCUAUGCGGCAGGAAUCCCUGACUGGUCUUAAAUUGCGGCCGCCGGGUGAUCACGGUGGUGUACAUCACGGCGGGGUCAUGCUGGAAGAAGAUAUGGCUGGUGCCCAGGACACAAUAUAUCUGUGCAAUUUUCGAGUGUCGGUAGAUGGCGAGUGGCUCUGUUUAAAGGAGCUUCAGGAUGUCGAAUUCUCACUCCAGGAUUCGAUGCAACGAUCACCUUCACCACCGCUCGCUCUCAGUGGUAUUAAUCAUCAUCAUGAUCAUCAUCAUCACAAUCAUCACCAUCAGCAACAGUUUCCUGAACAGCAAGAGCUUCGCGAUAUUAUGCCACCAAGUCCACCGCCAUUGCAGCACGUCUCCAGCUUGUCACGAGAUCCAGUCAUCAUCGAGAGGAGUAAUCUCGUUAACAUUUCAAAACUAAUCGUCAAGGAGCUGAUUGAAACAUCUUUGAAAUAUGGUCGUAUGCUUGAUUCUGACCAUAUGCCAUUGCAACAUUUUUUCAUCGUUCUUGAACAUGUGCUUAGGCAUGGUUUACGACCGAAGAAGGGUCUUCUCGGACCCAAAAAGGAGCUAUGGGAUAUUCUUCAGCUUGUAGAGAAAUAUUGUCCUGAAGCACAAGAUAUUACGUCCAGCAUUCGUGAUUUACCUACUGUUAGGACGGCUAUGGGUAGGGCGCGCGCUUGGCUGCGUAUGGCUUUGAUGCAAAAGAAAUUAGCAGAUUAUCUAAAAAUUCUGAUAGAUCACAAAGAUGAUAUUUUGUCCGAAUAUUUUGAACCAGAUGCUCUAAUGAUGAGCGAAGAGGCAAUCGUAGUAAUGGGUUUGUUAGUGGGAUUAAAUGUGAUCGAUUGCAACUUCUGUGUAAAGGAAGAAGAUCUUGAUUGCCAGCAGGGCGUAAUCGACUUUUCACUAUAUCUACGCAAUAGUAAUCAUAUACCUGGCGAAUCGCCAGAUGAUGAACUCGAAAACGACAAUAUGACCACAGUACUUGAUCAAAAGAAUUAUAUCGAAGAACUUAACCGACAUUUAAACGCAACAGUGACGAAUCUUCAAGCUAAAGUAGAAUCUCUAACGACAACAAAUGCUCUUAUGAAAGAAGAUCUUGCUAUUGCUAAAAAUAAUAUUUUAUCGCUUCAAGAAGAGAAUAGACAAUUAAAAAAAGAACUUGGUAUUGAAGUUAAAGAUGCAAACGAGAAUGGAAAAAUACCUCUUAAAAUAACAGAAACGACUGCUGAAAUUGAAGAACUUAGAUGCAGAAUAGAAUCUGAAAAAAAGUCACGGCAAGAUUUAGAGAAAGAACUAGAAUUGCAGAUUAGCAUGAAAUCCGAAAUGGAAGUAGCUAUGAAGUUGUUAGAGAAGGAUAUACACGAGAAACAGGAUACUAUAAUAUCUUUAAGACGUCAGCUGGAGGAUAUCAAAUUAAUUAACUUGGAAAUGUACAAAAAGCUGCAGGAGUGUGAACAUGAACUGACACAGAAGGGCGAGAUGGUCAGCCGUCUUCACGCGAAGACUAAUCAAAUCGGCAAGAUCCUUAACAAUCUCGAGAAGUAUAAUCAUUUGAUGAAGGAUGGCGAAGGCAUACGGAGCCCCACCACUCCGAGUGGCGUAUCGAAAUCUAUUCUUAAUAAGACUAAUCCUACUCCCCCGAGGGGUUGCCCACCUACGAAAAAUACGACCUCCCGAUCGAUGGUCGAUCAUCAACGCUCCCUUGACAAGCAGCAAGCGACAGCCUCUAAUGACAAAUUGAAACAAAGUCGUUCUACCUCCGAGAUUUCCACGAAUAGUUCAACGACCGAGCAAGAGUGCGAAGGCUCACUUAAGCAUAAGACAGAACUGAUUACAAAACUGGAAGCUAAAACGCUGUCGAUGAGUGAGACCAUCCAGAAAAUGGAUGAGAAGUGCAAGGAGAUGGAUGGUGUCAGAUCGGGGGCAGAGGAGAAGGUGAGGAUUCUGGAUGCCGAGGCUGCCGAGCGGCAAGCGCGGACGAAUGGGGUCGAGAGGGAAUUGCAACUUGAGCGCGAGUGGAGAACCUCCUUGCAGGAAACAUCGAUCUGUAACACGGAGAAGAUCUCUCAAUUACAUCAGGAGAUCGAUCAGCUGAAACGGGUGUCCGAGAGAUAUUUGACGCUGCAGGAAGAGUAUUACGCUCUAAAGGAGGUGUGCGGUGAACAGGAACGAACUCUGGAGGAACUUGGGGGACAAUUGAGCGCUGCUAAAUUAGCGGCCGCCGAAUUGCGCGAGGCCGCUGACAACGCUCAGCAGCAGCAGCAGUCGACACUGCAAGAGGGUGCGGUAACCUGGGCAAAUGAUCGGAUGGUCACCCAAUGCAAGGGGUGCAGUCGUGAGUUCAACAUGACUCGUCGCAAGCACCAUUGUCGCAAUUGCGGGAAUAUUUUCUGUAAUGCCUGCAGUGACAAUACUACAGUCUUGCCGAACUCAGCGAAACCAGUACGCGUUUGUGACGAAUGUUAUGUGUUUCUGGUUAGCCGUUACUCGGUGGUGCGUUAAUAUUUCGCAUGCUAUUGUUCCUUUUCAUAAACGAAUUGCAUAACAGAGAUUUUAGUUCGAUGCACAGCCUCAAAAAAGGCAGAAACGAAAAUUCGAGAAAGUAGAAUAAAGAAAGAAUGGAAAGGUAACGAAAUCUGUCAGCAAAUGUAAUCCACACAUUUGUAUAUGUUUCUUUCUUACUGUACGUAAUGCAUAACAAUGUAUUAUCAAUUGGCCGUACGCGACGACAAACAAAUCAGUCUGCCGUAAGCAAUAUUUUAUUUCAUGUUGAAUUUUUUUCUAUGGAAAGUAAUCUCACAAUUCUUUCUAAAGUAAUACGA